GUGUCCUACUAAUGGUGUAAAUCCACAAAGAAGAUUGGAAUGUGCGGAAUUUUUGUUGAAUAAUAACUCAUUAGAUCAUUUAAUGGCAAUUUCAUAGCGUGAUGUCGUUAUAUCAUCCCGAUAUUUUAAUUUUGCACAAGAUAUACCUAGAUCUAAAGUUCAUGGAAAUUAACAAGAGUUUAUAAACAGUAUGUCCUCAUUAACAUUGCAUCAUGCCGGGAAAAAGAGAAAGGUUGUAAAUGUAAUACUGCUGGAUGGUACACAAUGUUUAAUAAAUGUUGAUGUCAAAUCAAAAUUUCAAGAUGUUUUUAAUCAGAUAGCCACUCAACUUAGUUUAAGAGAGACUGAAUAUUUUGGACUGGCACAGAAAAAAGAUGGAGAAUAUCACUUUCUUCCUUUAGAAGAAAAAAUUCACAAGUUUGCUCCAAAGAGCUGGAAAUCUGGAACCUCAGAGGGCUUAGAUACAGAUGGCCAGCCACUAGUUUCUCUUUACUUUCGUGUUCAGUUUUAUGUUGACCAGAUUGUCUUAUUGAGGGAAAAGGUGACCCGCCACCUAUACUUUCUUCAGCUGAAAGACAACAUACACAGUUAUGGUCAUGUUUCUACAGAGGAGAAAUGCUUCCAGCUGGUCUCCUAUGCCCUCCAAGCUGAUAAUGGAAACUAUAUCAAAUCUAAACAUGGUGGACAGUACUUUGAUCCCAGAGAAUAUUUUCCUGCUUGGAUCUGUAACAAGAGAGGGAAAGAUUAUAUCUGUAAGAAUACUCCAUUGAUACAUCAAGAUCUGCACAACCUUAGCAAGUCUGAGGCAGAAUUUAAAUUUAUCAAAGAGGCAUCAAUAUCACCAGCUGCAUAUAACUUGCAUUUUUAUCGAUUAAAGAAAAGAAAAACAGAUAAAAAUUGGAAUGCAUGGCUUGGAAUAUGUGCAAAAGGAAUAGAAAUAUAUGAGGAGGUAGAUGAAAGCCUGAAGAAUUUGAUAUCAACAUUCCUGUGGCCAGAUAUUGGAAAAUUAUUCUUUGAAAAAAAGAAAUUUGAGAUCCGAGCAGCUGGUGCACCUGAAGGGAGGAAAUUUGCUUAUUACACAGACUGUGAUACCAAAUCAAAAUACUUGUUACAACUAUGUAAACAAACACACAUGUUCCAGUUAGCAAUACAUCCUAAAUUGAUGGAAAUAAGACAUUUGGAGGAACAAGAUAAGAAAAGAUACAGAGAAUUGUACAUUUAUAGUGACCCUAAAGACUUAAAGGCACAUGGAGGAUCAUUUAGGGGGAGUUUGUCACCUAGCACUAAAUCUGUACUGAAUGUGAGAUAUUCAGUUGUCAGCAAUGCCAGUUCUAAUACAACUUCAGGCAUAGCUAGUGACAAAAUGACAAUCAGCUUUGAGGAUGAAGAACACAACAGGGAAAUAAUGAUAGAUUCACCGCCAAUGUUUGGUACACCUAGUCAAAACAAUGCAUUUUCUACAUUACCAAACUAUAUGCCAUCCUCAAAGAUGAAUAGAAGUCCUGGAGCAGAAUCUGGACCAAGAGAACUUUUCAAGUCAUCCUCCGUUGGUAGACCUGCUGGUGGUAAUCGGCAGAUGAAUAGAUCACCUGAUCGAAUAGUCAGUAUAUCUCAACAACACCACCAUACUGUUUAUAGCGGAACUUUAUCAACGUCUUAUUCAGGCAAUUCUAUAGAAAGGGAUAUUUCUCCAAACAGCAGUGGAAGAUUUCAAGGACAUUUUCCCGUACAUAAUGCCAUGCCUUUGCCAUUGUACAGCUCACAGCAAAUGAAUGUUCCUAUUUACAUGAAUCAUACUCCAACGACCAGUCUACAUAAUGAGCGACUUUGCUUAUCUCAGCCAGUCAGUCGAAGCGCCAGUCGUGCAGACAGUUUUAAAAGUAACUUGACACAGUUACAGAUUCACACAAGUGAUAAUCACAUAUCUCCGUAUUAUCAUUAUAACAAACAGAUGUAUCAGUUACCAGCAUAUAACAAUUAUAAUACUUUUAAUGGACAGAUGCAGGCAGCGCAGGCCUGUGAUCCGGCACUGACAAGUUCACAAAACAUUGAUCCACAGUAUUAUCAAUAUCAUGAACUGUCAGGUUCACAAAACAUGAACCAAUUUUAUCAUAAUCAUGAUUUAUCAGGUUCACAAAACAUGAACCAAUUUUAUCAUAAUCAUGAUUUAUCAGGUUCACAAAACAUGAACCAAUUUUAUCCUAAUCAUGAUUUAUCGGGUUCACAAAACAUGAACCAAUUUUAUCAUAGUCAUGAACAAGGUUAUGAAACAGAUUUGUCAGGUUCACAAAACUUGAACCAUUUUUAUAGCCAGGAGAGUUUUACUGGUCAAAUUGUUGAAAAUCAAGGUGUGAUGUAUGUGUCUAACGAAAUGAUGAUUCCGGGGAUGAAUUCUUAUGUUAGUCAGAGUAACAUGUCAAAUUCGUCCUACACAGAAACUAAACGGACAUUACAUGAACAAGAAGUGUUAGCACCACCACCAAUGUUUGCAGAUAUGUCAGAGCAUUUAAAUGAUUCAAAACAUUCUUGUAAUAGUAAUACAUCAUUAGAUAAACUACCAACUGAACCAUCUGAUAAUGAAGAGAAAAAGCCAACUCUGAGCACAUCUACAACAGAGUUGAACUCUGGUGAAACUUUACAUCCGGAGCUGGAAACAAUAAAAGCUGAUACUCAUGCUUUAUCCUUACCUCUCAUGUAUGGCCUAUGUAAUGACAAGUCUCUUUAUAUGCAAGUAUCACAACCAAUGGACGGAAGUGUGGAAUCGUAUGAAAAUUCAACGAUACGAUCCACUGACUCCAGAAUAUCACGAAUAUCACAUGAUUUUGAUCCCCGUCGUCUCUCAGCUGUUUACCCAAGUGGACAAGGACCACCAAGUAUGUCACAGCGACCAUUCAGUUGGCAUAGUGAAAACUUUGAUCUAGAUGCCCAAAUAACAGCUAUGAAUGGUCAGACAUUAGACGAGAGUCAUCGAAGUGUUCCACAAAAUCUUGGGCAUUUGCUAGCAUCGCCCUCAUGGACCAAUGCCAUUUCAUACAAUGACCAAUAUUCAUCAGAAUUCUCUCAUAUAGUACAACCACCAGCUAGGGGCAUUAAUUCUCAAAGUGGACUCCAAGAAACCAUUGGUAUUGCAUGACCAGCGAAAAUUUAAAAGGAAUGGUUUCAAAUCAGCUUAGGCUGUCUUGCUCCGAGUGGCUA